GUCUUCAUGAUGAUUGAUUAUACAUCUAAAUGCUCAUGGAUUUCUAUGAUUUAAUCGGACACUUUCAACCUUUUUUGGUAGUUGUGCAGACGAAGUCAAAUAUAAUUCACAGAAAAUUGCACUUUUAAUGUGUUUUGGCCUCAGUUUCGUAAGAGUUCAUUUGCAACGGAAAACAAUUUCAUUCUAAUUUAUAACGUUUUUACGCUGUAAUUACACGCGAAUUGUUCCUACUUUUGAUGCAUUCGUUUCCUUAUUUUUGGACCACCUUUCUCCCGCUCGAUGCUAAUGAAUUCAUAAAAUAUUAAUCGGUUCCCCUUCUUCAGAGAAACCUGAGACCAAUUCAAAGAAAACAGUUUGUUUAUUCAUCGAAUGCAGGUAAAAGCCUUGUUUUUUCCAUUUGUAGUUAUUGUUAUUCACAGAGGGAUCACAUACGCUAACAACUUAAAACUUAACCGCACUCAAAAGCGCGUAUAACAGCCCAAAGGUUCUCUGUCUUCCAUGAGCCCGUGAUGAUCUUUUCCACAUUACUGUUCACAUGCUGCGCAUUACUUUCAAGAAUAGAUGGUACGCCGUUUCAUGGACGAAGCAAACUCCUCCGUCGGUCAUUUAUCGGAGAAACCAAAGGUUGUGAUCGAGAUUGCCAGAAAGAAUGCAUUGCUGUCCACAACAAAUACCGAGCUAACCAUGACGCGCCUCCGCUGGUUUUUGAUCAGAAGUUGGCGGAUGAAGCACAAGCGUUGAUUGACAAGGGUGUCUUCAAGCAUUCUGAUUGGGUGGAGCUGAAAAAUAACGGCGCUGCAUUUGCUUGGGGUUCUCUUUUCCCAACAUUCACUGCGGUCAUCAAAAAUUGGCACGACGAAGGAGCUUAUUACGACUAUCAGACUGGAGCACCAAAGAAGCAAUCACAGGUGGUGGAUCAUUUUAUGCAGAUGGUGUAUAAGAAAGCUCACAGGAUCGGCUGCGCACGAGGUGGAUUGUACGGUGAACCUUGGUACGUGGUUCAUUACGACAAAGCCCCAACUCCCGGACAGCCAAGCAUUACAAUGAAUAUCAACAAACCGAAACAGGAUGACAGUGAAUGGUUCAAAGAUGGUUCACCGUUUUCUGAAGAGCUGAAAAACAUGCAGGAAGUUUAGAGUCAAAUUGCACCAUGAGGGAAAGAAGCAAGCAAGUUGUAUACUUGCAGUCAGAGUCUACACCAGUGUAUUUCAAAUAUAACCCACAAGCAAGAGAAUGUAUAGCCGCUCAUCUCUGUUGAAAUUAAUAUACUGUAAUUACACUUUGAAAUAAAAUUAUUUUCUAACUCAGU